AUGCGUCUCCAAAUCCUCACCAGCGCCCUCGCGCUCAGCGGCUCAGCUGCUGCUUUCUCAGACUCAUGGCCCCUGGUCAUGUUCUCUACCUCCCAGUUUUCCGAUGCUACCAGCAACAACCAUAUCCAGACGCGAUCCCAAGCCCUCGAGCAGGUUAGAGACCUCUUGGCGUCAUGUCCGACCGAUAAUUACGUCCUGAUUGCCCAGGAGGGUGUCAACGCUGCUGAUAUUCGACGGUCGAACGCCAUGCCCAGCCUCCACCAGGCCAUUGCCAGCAAGAACAUCCAGGGCAAGUUCAUCGUCCCGGAGGUUGUUGGCGAAUCGAUGGAUGCGGACGCGAUUCAGGAUUACAUCCAGACGGUGUGCUAUAAGCAAGCGAAGAAGGUCGAGCCUCACUUCACCCUUAUCAAGCACUCUGGUGAAGAAAAGGACGCUGUUAGGCAAUGGGACUCGAACGAGAAGUGGAUGAAGGACUCAUUCACUGUCCUAUUUGUUGGCACGCCAUCCUCCCAGGCCAAGACCGCCUCUUCCUCUAAGAAGGUCUCCAGUUCCGAGAAGACCAUAUAUGAGUCCGAGUUCGUCGAGCCUAUGCAUAUGGACAUCAAGCGUGACGUCUCGGAUGCUUCGAGCCAGGCUCGCAACACCACUCGCGACACCCGUUCUUUGUUUGAGAAGUACCAGUUCUUCACUCCUGGUAUCUUCAUGGCUCUUAUUACUGCUAUCAUCCUCUUCUCCAUUCUCGGAGUUGGCCUCCGGGCCCUGGCCAGCCUCGAAGUGUCUUACGGCUCUUUUGAGAAGGACAUGGGACCUGGUGCUCAGAAGAAACAGUGA